AUGAGGUCUCUGCUAAUAUUACUUUCUAUUUUGCUUCUAGUCGAUUGCAAUGACGAGCGGCAUGCGAUUUACGAGAGUAGGAUAAAGAGGUUUAAAGAUUUGUUGGUUUAGAGAUCCAUGAAGACCCGCUCAACGCUUUCCUCGUGAACAACUUCAAGCGACGAAAGGUGGUUGCGGACGUGGACAGGGACGACAGAUUGCCUCGCGAUGUCGUUGUCCAUUCCUAUGACAUUCAAAUCGAGCCGUUCUUCGACUAUGACGGCUUUGAAUACAAUAAAGGUAAGGUUCGAAGGUCCUAAUGAGAAACUGUUUCGGAACUGUAGGUUAUAUACGGGUUCCGUUGCUCCAUGGUGUUUAAAAUUACAUUGAGUUGUUCAGAAAGUUCCGUCGUUUUUUUUACUUUUUUGUUUUACAAGGAUUUGUUUAUUGUCUGGCAAUAUGAAUACAUUCAUUUGAUACAGUUUUUUCUCCUCUACAAAAUUGUGCUUUUAAUCUUUUUUGAAAAUUUAAUUUUUUAUUAUUUUCCGUGCUCAAAAGUGAACCAUCCAGGAGGCAAAAAUUUGCGUUUACAGCAUCUGCUUUUUUUCGCUUUUCAUCGAGGACAAGGUGUUAAUCGGUCGGAAAAGGUGGUAAUCGGUUGGCACAAGGUCUGAGAGUAUGGUGGAUGCUGAAGAACGUCCCACUCGAGCUCUUCGAGUGCGGCUUUGACGACUUGUGCAACAUGGGAGCCAAUUUUUGCCUCUUGGAUGGGUCACUUUAGACAAAAUAACAAAAAAUAAAAUUUUCAAAAAAAAAAACUAAAUCCACAGUUUUGUAGAGGAGAAAACGCUGUAUUAAACGAGUAUAUUCACACUGCCAAACAAUAAACAAAUUAUUGUAAAACAACAGGAUAAAAAAACUGUCGGAACUUUCUGAACAACCCAAUAGAAAUGUUUGGCAAAAGGCGAAUCCUUUUUUUCAGCCCUCAAAAACACCUUUAACGGAGCGACCAAGAUUUCGUUCUCCGUCCUAAAAACCACAAGCGAGGUUGUUCUCGCGUCGUUGGUCGACGUAAACUCCAUGUCUCUAAAUGACGGCCGUCGGCGGAUUGCAAUCCUGAAAAACGAAACAAGACUGCAGUCGAUUCUGGUUCUGCGCACGGCUGAGAGACUGGUGCCGAAUACAAAUUACACAUUGAGCUUCAAGUACCAAAAUUCGAUGAAUGUGGUGUGGUACGGUGGGGUGAACUUUCUCGCGUACAAGAACCCGGAGGGAAGGGAUACGUAAGAGCAGUGGAUGCGGUUGCAGCCCGUUCUUUUAGCGCGUUGGUGGCGACGGAAUUUGAGACGACCAGAGCUCGUGCAGCGUUCCCUUGUUUCGACGAUCCCUUCUUCAAAGCCAGCUUCGAUGUGGCGCUGAUUCAUCCGAAAGGCGCCAAAGCCUACAGUAACGGGGAGAUCAAGGAGCAGCGGUAUUUUGAGUGAGUUUAAUCGACGUCUGGAGGUUCGGCGGUAGGGCUGGACUUCAGAUUAAAGCAGAGUAUUUGUAAAGAGGUUUUUUCUGCAGUCCGAACCAGAGAUUGUCACGGCUUCGGAGCCGGCUCUGAGCGGCUUUGCCUCCGAUCCCAAAAUCGGAGCCAGGCUUCUCAGUGUUCAGAAAAGUAAAAAUUUCGUGAUCUUGUGAAACCAAUUGCUUGAAAAAUACCGGGAAGUAUGUGUUGCGUACUUACGAAUUUGCUCAAAAACGUUAGGUGUGUCAUCUCUGGCACCAAUAACUUUUAUUUUUGGAAAAAUAUUUUUUUAAAAAAAUCGGGAACCGGUACAUCGGGAGCCGCAAAUUUGGCCUCGGCUUCGGCUUUGGGAGCUAAGAGCCGGAGCCGAAAUUUUGUCCGUGGCAAUCUCUGGUCCGAACGCAAAGUUGCUGUAGUGAUUUUCGGGACAUGCACUCUACGAAACCAAAAGCUCACCUCACUGUUAACUUCUUGUCUCUUGCACCGUGCAAUAGGCUCUUUUUCGCUCGCAAUCUGACUUUUCUCGUACAAUGCGAACACCAGCGACUUUACAAACGGUCUACAGUGACGGACCUGAUCGAGUGGCAAAAACCGUACCAUUUUGCAUCCGGGAGGUAUCAAAAAUGUGGCAAAAUGCCUCCCUCUUCAAGUGAAAAAAACUUCGUUUUGAAGUAGUUUUUUGACUUGUUUUUGAUACUUCCUGGAUGCAAAAUGGUAUGUUUUUUGCCACUGGAUUAGGUCCCCCCACUGCCGUAGCACGGCGUCUUAACGAUCAGGAACUCUACAAAGAGGUGAACUUUCAGUGAACAGCGAGUACUCACAAAAUUCGAGACGUCACCGAAGAUGUCCACGUACCUACUGGCUUUUGCCAUUGGCGACUUUGUAGAGUCGAAUUACACAUCAAAAAGUGGAGUGAUGGUAGACCAGAUCUGUAAUCUUUAUAAUAUUGAACGCUUCAGAAUCGCGCAAUUGUCGUCCGAAAUCAACAACCGUUUAUAAAAAAUUCGGCAAAAUACGGCGCCCUCUGCGUUGACGCAAUGGAAAGUUUGGUUCAAGUGCGGCUACCAUUGCAAAAAUUGGGUAGGAAGAUAGGCAUAGAUAACAUGUGGUUCAACACCUUUUGCAGAUCACUUGGACAGCAUUGGUGCGAGCAGUGGCGCUAUGGAGAACUUCGGGUUGAUAAUUUACAACCACGCCGUUCCGGAGGGCUUUGGAUACACGCUAUACGAGAACACCUACAAGCGGAGGGUCAUGUGCCAUGAAACCGCACAUCAAUGGUAAGAAAUUAUUGAUUUUGAGCUUUCCGUGAUUCACAGAUGUCGUCGAAGGCUCACUGUAACUCACAAGGGAAGUACCCCAAGUGCGACGCUCAGAUUUGAUGAAACUUGGCACAAAUUUUGAAUAUUUUUUUCUAAGAUAUAUGCGAGAGUCCUAGCUCGAGUUUUGCAGAAAUUUCGAGAUUUUAAGAUCGAAAGUUGGCAAAAAUUUGACAAUUUUUGCCGAACUUCGGCACGAAAAGUUUGGUACCUACUUCUACCGUAAAGGGUAAUUUUUCCAUGAAAAAUUAAUUUUUUUUCCGCGCGAAACCGGCAGUUAUGGCCAAAAAGUGUUUUUCGGCCUGACCGCUCUCCACGUUUAGUGUACUCCCUCCGCGGCGAAAAUCGUUCAAUAUCUCGGCGUGCAAAGCGCGAGACUUUCAGGAAUGUCCGACGUGCGUGCAAAAUUUGAGGAAAAUUUGAGCAUCGCACUUGGGUUACUUCCCUUGUAAGCUUAGGUUCGGGAACCUGGUCACCGCCGACCAUUGGGGUUGGGAGUUUCUCCACGAGUCCUUCGCCACUUUCUUCGAAACCAACGCCAUGUUCAACACGGAGGCGGGUUAUCUGGCGGUAAGUUCGUCCUCCACAUUCCGCUCAUGAACGACUUUCAGCAACUUGCGGAGCCGGCGCGAAUAUCGAACGCCGUUCAAACCUACGCCAGCGCCAAUCAUCCGAUCGUGGACGAGCGGGCGCGCUUCGAUUGUAAGGAUGGCGUUACGUGAGGUCUAACAGAUGUUCCAGCUAUUACGUACGCCGUGGGCGGAGCACUGCUCAUUUCGGUUCAACAUGCGCUGGGUCGAGGUGCCUUCUACGAAGGACUUCGGGUUUAUCAAGUCGAAAACAAGUUUGGAGUUGCCGGCUUGGACACGUUGAUUGGAAGCUUUGUGAAGGUACGAGAGAGGGGUGGGUACUUGCAGGUAAAUGAUAAAGAAAAAAAUGAUAAGGGGAGCAAGGUAAGCAGGUUUUUAACAUGGUCGCCUCGGCAAAAAGUUUCGUACUUUACAAGGGAACUACCCCAAGUGCGACGCUCAGAUUUUCUUUAAAUUUUGCACACACAUCCGUCAUGAACAAAGUAUCAAUUCCUCAAAGUUUUAGCUCGCGCUUUGCAAGCGCCGCCGAGAUAUUGAACGAUCUUUGCCGCCGAGAGAGCACGCUAAAAAGUAAGCGCGGAGAGCGGUCAUAGAAAAAACCCUUUUUGGCCAUAACUUUGCCAGUUUCGAUCGGAAAAAAUUGAUUUUUUGUGGAAAGAUUACCCUUUAUGGUAGAAAUAGACAGGAAACUUUUUGUGCCGAAAUUCGGCAGUGACAAAUUUUCGCCAACUUUUGAUCUGAAAAUCCCGGUUGUUUUUGCAAAGCGCGAGCUAGAAUUCUCGCAUAUGUUUUAAAAAAACUUAUUCUAGAUUUGUGCCAAGUUUCAUCAAAAUCUGAGAGUCGCACUUGGGGUACUUCCCCUGUUUAGCCGAUUUUCGAUCUCAGAAUCUCGGUUGUUUCUGCAAGCCGCCAGCAAGUGGUCUUGCAUAAGCAUAUCAAAAAAAAACUAUUCUAGUUAACGCCAAGUUUUAUCAAAAUCCAAGCGUUGCACUUGGGCUUCUUUCCCUCGUUUCAGGCCAAAGGAACCGACAAACUUUGCGGACCUCUGACCAUUACCGAGUACGUUAAAGACUACUUUCUUCGAGCCGGUUCUCCAGAAGUCAGCAUCACAAUUGAGGAUGGGAAAUACGUUCUGAAACAGGUCCCUCAAAAGGGCGGCCGGACUUGGAAUGUCCCGGUGUUUGUGCUGGACCUCACCGCCAACAAGGAGCAUGUCAUGUGGCUGCGGAAGGACGGCUCCAUUUGUUCUGCUGACAAUUUCCAACUUCAAGCCGACGGAGAAUACUUUUUCAACAACGAAGGAAAAGGCUUUGCCACCUACAAAAUUCAGGGAGAAAUUUGGUCAAAAUUGGCCAAAUCUCCGAGCAUUUACAAGUUGAGUUCACUGAACCUGGACAUCUUGCUAACCCAACUUUUGGGCUUAUUUAAGCCUGAGGAAGUUGCGGGAAUUGUCUAUGAUAUCAUUGAGAAAAAGAAGGGAAAAGUCGAUUAUUUCCUGAUGGGAUACUUGGCCAGGGAAAAAGAGGUGAGAUUUACAUCGUUCUUGAUGAAAUCCAUCCUUUAAUCAUUGACUUUAGCUGGAAAGAAAAGCUGUUCAGAUCGUCAGCGACAACUUUGAUUACAUUCCAACUCCGCAGAACAGGUAAGAAUUAUAUAUUUUUUGCUUCGAAAUUGUAUGCGAAAGUUACAACAAACCUCGGCGAUCGUUGGAUCAUUUCUUCUCCGAAUAGCUCUACGUCGAUUCCAGAUUGCUCGGAAUGGCUUUCCUCGACGAGGCUGUCAAGCUCAAUAUCACCAGUGUCGUGGAGAAGACAAGCCAGUGGUUCGAGCAGUUCAAAAGAGACUGUGGGCCUGAGAAAGAUGUCGCCGGAUGCACAGAGUAGGCUAAAACAUAAGUCUAAACAAACAAGGGAGGUGCGCAAAUGCGAUGCUCAGAUUUUCUCUAAAUUUUAGCACACCGUCAAUAGGUGGCAAAAAACGUACCAUUUUGCACGGGAAGUAUCAAAAAUGUAGCAAAAUACCUCCCUCUCCAAGUGAAAAACUCAGAUUUCAAAAGCGCGCCCGCUCUUUUUGUGAGGGAGCCCUUCAAAACGAAGCUUUUUCACUUGGAAAGGGGAGCAUUUUGCCACAUUUUUGAUACUUCCCGGAUGCAAAAUGGUACGUUUUUUGCCACUGGAUCAGGUCCCCCACUGUAGCAUAAUAUAGGACUUUUUAAGUCUUUAAAAAAUCGUCUAAAUUUGUGCCAAUUUGCAUCGAAAUCUGAGCCUCGCACUUAGGGCUCUUCCAUUGUGUGUAAACCAAAGAAAUAAAGCUGAACUUACGUGUCCCGGAUUCCAGAAUGACUCCCGAAUGGCGAAGAGCCGUUUAUCGUCAAGGCCAUAAGACGAAAGAGGGCCAGGAAUUCAUCCGGAAUUAUGCCAAUCGCAUCGCCAACCAUAAAUGGGAGAGCUGGAUGAGAAGCGAGUAUGAUCGGACACAGAGCUUAUAA